UAGAAGGUGGGAGUAGUUCACCUGAAAAGUAGGCCAAGUUUGGCCACCAAAAUAAUAUUACCUUCUCGUCUCUUUCUUCAAGAUUCUUCCUUUAUAAACCACACUAGCAUUAACCACUAACCCCAUUCUUCUCUUAUUCUGCUCUUUCCAUUCCCAAAGUCUCACUUAUCCUCACAUCUCAAACACAUUCAUUCCAAGCUACAACACCAUCCACAUCCAGUGUGUCCAACCAAGUCUAUUGAAAUGGCAAGAAGAGCCAUGGAGAUCAUGGGUUUGGUAGCAGUUCUCAUGGCCAUGCUCUGGGCAGGAGCCUCAGCUCAAUCCAGUUGCACAAAUGCACUUGUAAGCAUGUCUCCAUGUCUCAACUACAUUACAGGGAACACAUCAACUCCAUCGUCCUCCUGCUGCUCCCAGCUUGCCAGUGUUGUGUCGUCACAGCCACAGUGCCUGUGCCAGGUCCUCAAUGGUGGAGGAUCUUCGUUGGGGAUCAACAUCAACCAAACCCAGGCACUGGCACUCCCUGAUGCUUGCAAUGUUCAAACUCCACCAGUUAGUAAGUGCAAUGCUGCAGCUGCUUCACCAUCAUCACCUGCAGGAACAGCAAGCAGUUCACAUAGCAGUCCAUCAGGAAGUGGAAUACAGAUUGUUCCAUCAUCGGAUAGCUCAUCAGAUGGAAGCAAUAGCAAACUGUCAUUUUCUCUGUUAUUCUUCCUCCUCUCCAUUGCAUCAGUUUCUUCCAUCUUCACCAGCUUUUAAGUUCUGAUUGUCCACUGUCGGCCCUGUCGCCUGUAGUAUGUCCUACACAUAUAUCCAUGAUUCUCUAAAUUUCUUAUUCUUGUUCCCUAGUUGAGUGGGAUUGUAUUAUUUAUUCUUUUGAGAUGGGUCUUCAUGAUUUUGUACGACGAGCCAUCUCGCUCUCCCUCUCAAUAUAAAGAUGAAAUAUUAGUUACCGAA